AACCCUUUCUGUUGGCUGGCCGAGACGGCACCAGAAAGUUGGAACCGCUGCGAAAGAUUCUUGUUAGUUCUUGUUUUUCUUUCAUGGGUCGGAUGUUUUAUUGGAAUUAAGUGUUUUCUCGGCUGAUCAGAAUUAAUUAUUCCAUCCUUUGUUCCUCUCUCCUCCUUCCUCAGCUCCCUGCGGCUUUCCCUCCCGCCCCCUGGCCAGCAGCGCCCCCUCCCCCACGUCCAUGCUGCCCGUGCCCCCUUCUCUUCUCCUCUUCCUCAGAAUCAUAACAUGGGCCAAACGCAAAGCACCCCUCUCUCCCUCCUUCUCGCCAACUUCAGGGACGUAAAAGCUAGAGGACACAACUUAAGCCUAGACAUUCGCAAAAGGAAGUUGAUCACCUAUUGCCGCUCUGAAUGGCCCACCUUUGGGGUCAAUUGGCCUACAGAGGGAACCUUCUGCCUCCCUGUGGUCCUUAAAGUAAAAUCAAAAAUUUUCCUACCAGGGAAAGAAGGUCGCUCGGAUCAGAUUCCCUAUAUUCUGGUGUGGCAAGAUUUAGUAGAAAACCCACCUCCCUGGAUGGCCUCUUUCUUAACAACAGGGCCAUGCAAAAUUCUAGCGGCUAAACCUAUCAACCCUCCCAAGCCGCCAACUCCAACUGCACCCCCUGUUCUCCCGGACAGCCAAGAUUUACUUUCCCUUGACCCUCCCCCUUACCAGGUUCCUCCUCUUAUUCCGCAAGCUGCCCCUAUCCCUGCUGCGCCGGCAGAGCCCCCCGUAGCCCAGCCCAUAGGAGAACUAGAGAAUAGGGAGGCUCAACCCGCGCCCAUGCCUAGUAGGAGCGAAGUCCAAAGGCCGGCUGGACGUACCCGUAGGCGGGCCCCUCAUGAGCCAGGACUCUGCCUUCCUGACUCCACCGUAGCUUUACCCUUACGGGAAAUAGGGCCUCCCGAUGGUACAGGGAACCCCCGACUUCAAUACUGGCCCUUCUCUACCAGUGACCUAUAUAACUGGAAAACCCAGAAUGCCCGAUUCUCUGACAACCCUAAAGAUUUAAUAAGUCUCUUAGACAGCGUUAUGUUUACCCAUCAACCCACCUGGGAUGAUUGUCAGCAGCUCCUCCGAAUCCUGUUCACCACCGAGGAGCGAGAAAGAAUUCAAUUGGAAGCAAGAAAGCUGGUUCCUGGAGAUGACGGCCAACCCACUGCUAACCUUGAUCUCAUUAAUGCAGCUUUUCCCUUGACCCGACCCCCACAGGAUGGCUGGGACUACAACACGGCAGAAGGGAACUCCAGCACACCCACCAGGAAGUUUAGCCCAGAUUGAGAGCCAUUUAUGAGAACGGGCCCCCUCCUGAGCCGCAUCACUACCGACCCGGAGAUUGGGUAUACGUGCGGAGACACAAGC